ACUUUAUUUUCUGUCCAAGUUGUGAUCACAAUGGUAAAUGCCACUACUCGCUUUGUGAUAAAUGUCAAUACCACACUGACCACAGCCCUCCUCAUCUUAAAUGUUUACAGCAGGAACAGCAAUGUCACACAGACGAUGCUCAUCAUUGUUGCCGAGAUAUCAAAUGUAUAGAGCAGGCCUUUGGAUCCAAUUAUUGGAUGAUUUCAACAACUCCGCCUUCGUCACAUCAAGUUACCACGCUACCAACUACGGGAACUAUUACAAAGGUGAUACAGACAACCACAAAACUGGAUAUGGUGGAAUGUCCAAUCUGUAGGAACGGCCAGUGUGACUUCCAAAACAAUACCAAAUGUGUUGUGUGCAAAAUAUCAUAUGAUUCAAAGAAUGCAUCGAUUAUGCCAAUGACUCACUGUGACAUUACGGAUAAUUGUACAGAUGGAGCUGGCUUAAUCUGUUGUAGAACUGUACAGUGUAUUAUUGGGGCGUAUGAAAAGUAUUUUCAAACCUUUCGAUCCUCAACCACGUUGCCAACGACGACAGGAUUCCCAGGACAUACUAAGGUUAACGCUUCUAAUCCAAUCACAUUUAAGCACACUAGUGUAGCCACGCCAACAACAAUUUCCAAUGUAUCAACUUCACCUUCCUACACUACGACCACCACAACAAUACCUUCCUCAAGCAGUACAUAUUCUCCCUUGUCCUUAAGAGCAAAUUCUUCAGAAGCUAUAACUCCUCUGACUCCCAGAGGAACAACUGGAUCUGUUUCUUCUGCGACAACUAUUUCAUUUUCAAUUGAUUCUCCAAGUAACUGCUCCGAUAGUAUAACAAAUUGUGACACUUUAAAAGAGUACGGUGUGUGCCACGCGAUUCCAGAACAAAGAUUCCAUUACGAUAUCGCUUUCCUGCGGUGUAGGUCAACUUGUAACCUCUGUACAGAAGAAUAUAAGCCACCUGUGACAACUACCCCUCGACCGGCUAUUCAAUGCCAGGUGUGUGGGGACUAUAAUAAAGAUAUUCCUUGUGAUACACGUAGUAUUUACAUUGGGCCCACCGUCUCCUGUUCACCCAACAACAAUUACUGCAUGACGGACAUAGUGCAUAGCAAUUCUAACACAAAGGUCUUCAAAAGAUGCGUGAACGAGACUGUAUGCCGGAACCAGUGGUUACUUCAGACUUCCGACCAGGACCACUGUAUUAACUAUGGUCAAGUGCCAGUCAGCGGAGAUUACACGUGUCACUUCUGCUGUACCUCUAACCAAUGUAAUCAGGGCUUACUGCCCCAAUCAUCGACUCUCUAUUCCAAAUUCUGAUUGGUUGUUUGAUGUGGAAUUCAUUUUAAUCAACUCAAUAAAUAUUGUUGAAAUUCCA